AUGGGCCUCAAUCCCUACGCUCCUCCUCCUCCUUCCGCUCCCGCUCCCCAGUACCAUGAACGACCGCCCCUCCCACCAAACGCAUCGUCGGGAUCGUCGUCCUCGCGAGAAGUGCCCGGAGUGAUACCUAAGGUGGCCAUUCCACGAUCGCAAAGCUUAAGCCGCCAGUCUGAACGACGCCGGUCGGCGAGAGCCUGCGAACCCUGCCGACAGCGGAAGAUCAAGUGCGAUGGGAACAAACCGGCCUGCAAACAGUGUGUGGAGCAUGACGUGAGGUGUGCCUAUAUGGACGUCAAGCGGGUGCGGGACCAGAAACAGCUGGGGGCUUUGGCGAAGAAAGUAGAUCGCUAUGAGAAGUUUUUGGAAGACAUCGAGAUGGAGGUCGAAUCUCAUACGUCGAGGCGAAUUAGGAAGAUGUUAAAGGACUCGAAUCAACCUUCCGCCACCGACGAAGUUUCCGACUCGGACGACGAUUCUGAAUCUAUCGGAUCCUUAGACAACAUUGACCUGGUGGAGGAGGAUCUCAAUCGGAGCGAGAAGACGGUGGCGAUGGGGUUCUUUGGGAAGAAUUCCGAGGUCUCGUGGAUGCAACGGGUUGAGGACGAGGCCACGAGCCUCAGUCGCCAGUCUUCGGAGUCUGCCGACCCAAAAGACUACCCAGUUUCUUCCAGCCAGACCUCAUCCCACCGACCCGAAUAUGCGAUCUCGACGCUCAGCUACCAUCUUGAUGAUCUCAGCAUCCCGUUCUUGGAGUCGGUAGAUCCUCACGCACUGCCGCCCAAGGAGCUGGCUGACCGGUUCUACGCUGCCUACUUGGAAUCCGUCAAUCCUGUUUACAUGGUAAUUCGACCGAAGGCAUUCACGGAACAGUAUCAAAAAUUCUUCCGGGGACCGUCGCGUCCGCCACGAACAUGGCUCGCUAUUUUGAAUUUGAUCUUCGCUAUUGGAUGUCGUUAUCUGCGACUGGUCGACAACGCAGAUGACGCGGACCUCGAUGAUCUGGUGUAUCUGAACCGGGCUCGAAAACUGGCGUUGAGCGGGAACGUGCUGUUUGAGCAUGCUGAUCUCCAGCAAAUCCAGGUGGAAUCCCUGGCCGCUUUCUACCUCCUGUCGCUGGAUCAAGUAAAUCGGGCCUUCAAGAUGUCCAGCUUAGCCUUCCGAUCCGCCCUGUCGCUCGGGAUCAACCUUCGCUUUGUGGAUGACCGGACGCAGAAUGCUUCGAAGGAAGCCCGCUGUCGUCUCUGGUGGGCCAUCUAUAUCUUCGAGCACCUGCUCACUUCGAUCACCGGCCGGGUAUCCUGCGUCGGAGAAGGCCUCACCGCGACCCCGCUGCCCGUUCCGUUCGAGGAAGACCAUUUCAACCGACCGGAGGCACUCUGCCUGCUUCAGGACACGCCGCUCCGGGCGAGCCGUCUCAAGAUGACGCUCUUCCAGACCCCGGAGGAAGCUCGAACCACAGCCGAGUGGCUGGCAACCUGCCCUCCGAGCCCGUCGCUGCUUUUCUACCAUAUCUCUGAUCUCUCCACCAUCAUGCAGGCCGUCAUCAACAGAGUCUACAGCCUCCAGGGACUGCGGGAUCGAGCCAGUCAGGUCGAACAGCGCAUCCGAAAGUACGCCGCCACCUUGGAAACCUGGCUGUCCAAGGUCCCCAAUGUCUACCGAUUCACUGAGUGGCAUAGUGAUAGACUUUUCAUCCCCGAGCACGGCCCGUUCCUGCGAGAGCGCGUCUACCUCGCGUUUUCGUUCUACAGCGCUAAGAUCGGCCUUUGUCGACCCUGUCUCUCGCACUCCAACAUGAAGCCCCACAUCGCCGAAGAGCCGAGCCGUCGCACCCGCCUCCGCACCGACAUGGCCCUGACCUGCCUACGAUCAUCCUGCUCGCUGAUCUCCAUCUUUCCCGACGAGCCCGACAUCUUCUGGCUCUCUCGGAUCGCGCCGUGGUGGAGUUCCCUUCAUUUCAUCAUGCAGGCGACCACCGCACUUCUGCUGGGCCUAACCUGCUGGCCGAAGUUCGAACUGGACUAUCAGAUUCUCGCGGAGUCGCAAACCGUCGACAAGACGAUGAUGCUCGCGUGCACCCGAAAGGCCGUCCGAUGGUUGUACGCCAUGAGCGAGUCGAACAUCGCCUUUCGACGUGCCUUUAUUACCUGCGAUGGCUCUCUCCGUCGGAUCGCCCCGAGCCUGGGUCUCGACAUUAGUGAUUUUCCUGAUAGCCGUUCUCUUUCCCCGGAGGAUGGCCACAUGAUGGGUGGGGAGGGGAUCGGACUUGAUUUUUUGGAUCUUUGA